AUGAAAACUUUAGUUUUCAUCUUGAUUAUUACACUUUUGACUAUUCAAAUCGAUGGCUUAUCUCUAGAUUAUAUCCCAACCGGUGCCGAAAUAAACGGUCAUUCUCAGUUAAAUGGUGAUUCAGUGACAUUUUGGUGGAAGGAUAAAGCUUUAUCGUCCACAUUUAAUGUUAUUUUUCCGUUGAAAAGUGCCUAUCAAUAUCCUCAUCUAAAUCCAAGUUGCCAUCAUAAAAUGAAUGGUCAUGGUUAUAUCGUAAAAAUGUACGAUACUGUCAUUUUUAAGUAUUAUGGUAGGCAUGGUUCUUUAUCUUGUUGCCUUUAUUUUCCUAUGAGUGCGAUCCUCGAUGAUGGUGUGAGAGAAUCAUUACCUAAAUCAGAAAAUUAG